AUGGCUGCAGAUGAAGAUGAGAACGGCGAGAUUCGUUGCACGAAGGAUAAGCCAUGCUCUAAUGGCGAUUGCUGCAACGGCGCCACUGGCCGUUGCUCACGAAGGCCGGAAUUCUGCGACAAGAGUGUCUGCACUUCCAACUGCGAUGCCAAGCCUGAGUGUGGUGUCCGCGCAGACAAGUUCGACUGCCCCCUGAACGUAUGCUGCGGUUAUUGGGGCUACUGUGGAACUAAGCCCGACUUCUGCAAGAGCGGGGACCAGCCUUGUCAAAGCAAUUGUUCGCCUGGAAAGAUUCGCGAACCCAACACGGGUGGCGAUGUCCGGGAUCUUGUCAUUGGAUACUACGAGGCAUGGACAGCACAGAUGAACGGCUGCCGUGUCAAGAAGAUCAACCAGAUCGAUGUAUCGUCUCUCACACAUCUCAACGUGGCCUUUGGAUACAUCAAGCCAAGCAGCUUCGAGGUAGUGCCUAUGGAUCCUGCCACGGAAGAAGACUUCCAGGCCCUCACGAAUCUCAAGUUGAAAGCACCAGGCCUCAAAGUCUGGCUCUCCCUUGGUGGUUGGUCGUUCAGCGACAACGGCACGGAAACUCAAGGAGUGUUUGGUGACUUAUCGAGCACACCAGCAAAACGCCAAAAGUUCAUCGGCAACUUGUCCAAGUUCUUGAGGGAAUGGGGCUUUGAUGGUGUGGACAUCGACUGGGAGUACCCCGGCGCCCCCGACAGAGGUGGCAAGGAACAGGAUACAGCCAACUACGUGGAACUGCUCAAAGACAUGAGAACACACUUCGAUGACCAGACCGAGCGUUGGGGCAUCUCGUUCGCAGCCCCUACAUCUUACUGGUACCUCCGCUGGUUUGACAUCGAGAACAUGGCCAGAUAUGUCAACUGGAUCAACGUCAUGUCAUACGACCUCCACGGUGCCUGGGACGACAAAUACAGUUAUAUCGGCAACUAUGUCAACUCUCACACGAAUUUGACUGAGAUUACCGAAGCCUUGGAUCUCAUGUGGCGAGCCAACGUGCCCGCGAACCGCGUCAAUCUCGGCAUCGGGUUUUAUGGGCGCACGUUCCAGCUGGAGAACUCCAACUGCAAUACUCCUGGAUGUCGUCAGAAAGGCGGCGCCUCGCCUGGGCCCUGCACAGACACCAGUGGCGUCCUGUCGUUUGCAGAGAUCGAAACUCUGAUUAACUCAACGAAUAUCCCUGUCAAACACGACGAAACGGCAGCUGUCUCUUAUUUCACGUACAAGGGCGACCAGUGGGUAGCUUACGACAGCAGACAGACCUUGCAGCAAAAAGUCAAAUAUGCCAAUGAGAUCGGCUUGCUAGGCCUAAUGAUCUGGGCUAUUGAUCUUGACGACAGCAAAAACUCUGCUCUUGACGCUCUCCUGCAACCCGAUGGCUUGGGCAAAUUCCGCAAGAGGAACGGCGUCAACAGCAACCUGGGCGAUUUCGUCAACCAGGGCGCCUCGUGCCAGCUCGGCCAGUGCUCUGAGAAGCCCUCCUGCCCUCAAGGGUUCGUCAAGCAUGGCCACGAUGUCGACUGCCCCGGAGACAAUAAGGAGAGGAGAAACAUCUGCUGCGAACUAGGUCAGAGCCCCGACGAGAAAACGUGCGCAUGGCGCGAUGGCGGCGGCUUCCUUGGGUUCCUGGGCCUCUUCUGCCGCGGAGCGUGUCGUGACGGCGAGGUCGUCAUUGUCGACAACGAUCGCUUCUGGGUCGAGAACAAGGACAAGCCGAACGACGGUGAUGCAGCUUGCAUAAGCGGAAAUGCCAGGUACUGCUGCAAAACGAGUUCCAGUAUAGAGCCGAAGUGUCGUGCUCGAGAAGAUGUAUGCAUCGAGAUCGUGAACGGUAAACCCAAGAGCGGCAGCCAGCCAUGCGAGAGUGGUGAGAAGUUUAUGUCGUACGCCGAGGGGAAAUGCAACAGAAAGAAGAACAUGUACAUGCCUUUCUGCUGCAACGAAAAGGUGCCAGACGAUACGUGCCACUGGGCGAAGCGCGCCGACGUAGUGGACGCGUUUGGGCCAUGUGAUAACGUAAACAAGUGCGACUCCGGCGAGACCAAGAUUGGCGUUUACCAGUAUGGCGAUGGCUCAAACUGUGAAUUUGAGGCCGCCGCCGGGGAAUGGACCGUGACAAUCGAUAGGCCCAAGGCAUACUGCUGCAAUGCCAACGCCAUCGAUGCGAAACUUGACCUGUUACCAGUCCCGCUUGAAAACCUGUUUGAAAAGCUUGGCCCCGACUCAAACGAAGAAAAGUUCAAACUCCAAGUCGAGUCAGUCGACGGAAAAGGUGGAACCGACCCUCAAGACAACGCCUUCGGCUUCGUCAUCAUGUCAGGCCCGGAAAAAGAUCUUACGUCUCUUGAUAAGAGAGAUGGCUCUCAUUGGGAACUAUUUGACUGCGAGAACCACGAUAAACGCCAGACUGUCACAGCUGUGUGCACCGACGACGGCCCGACCAGCAACUGCGGCAAGAUAUUCCUAGGCACGGUCGAGGAAACUGUCAUCGAGCUUCCUCAAGGAUGCGGCGCCGGAAGAUACGCUGUUGCAGUCAGCAUGGAUCUCUCGCAAAAUCAGUCUCUUCCCGAGACCCACGCGAGGAGCCUAGCCGGCCGCGGCAUCGUGCUCCCACGCAAGUAUGACCUCACGUUCGACUAUGACUUUUCUCCAAUCCACCAACGAGGCACAAAGGACGUGCUUCUUCGGAUCGACUAUUCCAGUGAGCCCGCAUAUUGGGACGAGAUCGUGGAUCGGCCUGGAGAGGCCAAGCGCGAGUGGCAUGACAUCCACGCUGAAGUCGAGCGCGACCAUGGCGGCUCAUGGCCGGCAUACAUGCAUCACCGCUUUCGGAAGGAGAAGCGCGAGACGCCUGAGCACAUGAUGGACGAGUUCCAUAAGCGUUGGUUCACCAAGGAUAAACGCUGGUUCUCAAGUAAAGUCGUCAAAUGGCUUGAGAACAUGCGCAAAGUCGACGCCAAAGUCGAUAUUGCAAGGCAUCGGAUCCAGGACAGGUAUACCUGGGAUAUGUUCAAGCAAGAGAUCUCGUGCACGAACUACAAGGCGAGCCUCCACGCCUGGGUCGACCUUGAUACCGACGUGGAGACAUCGGCGACUUUGAGUCUAAUUGGUAAUCUCGAUGAUCUAUCCAGUUGGGAUCAGUCUCACGUCUUGUUCCGCACCAAGGGCGGUAUCCAGGCAAAGGUCACCGUUGACGCCAAUGCCGAAUUGACCUUCACAACCGGCCCAGUAGAGGUCUUUGGUGCUCAGAACUUUGGCAUCACUUUCACCGUGCCUGGCAUCGUCACCAUUGGUCCAAACUUCAAGAUCAUAGGAGAACUGUCUGGGCGGGCAACAUUGCAUGCCAAGGCGGAAGCCAAAUUCGAUGUCGCAAAGUGGGACUAUACCCAACGGUACCCCAAUGAAAAAAACACGAACGACAUCCAGGAAGGUGCCAUCGUUGACAGCAAAGGCGACGCGCCCAAAGCUGGCGAGGCCCACGACUUCAAGUGGGAGGCUUCCGCCAGGGGUGCCAUCACGGCCAGGAUUACGCCCAAGGUCGAGUUCGGCAUCGUCUUCUUUUACGAGGCUAUCCCCGACGUCACGAUUGAAAUGGCCCUGGAGAACAGCGCGACAAUGUAUGCUGAAGCCGGAACGAGCCCAAGCCCAUACGUCUGCUACGGCAUCAAUGGUCGGACCAACCUCUACGCGCAGGUCAAUGCUCCGGAGAUAUUCAAAGUCAAUCUCAACAAGCGCUGGGACAUAUUUGACACCCCGUAUAACUUGCUGCCGCGGCAAUGUCUUGUUGGCGGGCCGAACUCUCGGGCUGAGGUGCCUUUGAUCCGCGAGGUCGGCUCAAUUGGCCCGAUCUAGGAAGCUUUUUGUCGAGCCAAUGUAUCCUCCCUUGUUAUUCCGGUGCGCUUUAGAGAUGGGGGUGGACAAUGAGCAAGAUUGCUU